AUGACCAAACCCAAUCUCCUUGAACUCCCCUCGGGAGUUCAGCUCGUUUACCUCGCCGAGGGAGGAGCAAAUGUGAUUUAUCGAUUUGUUAGAAAACCAGUCCUCGCCAAAAAGGACAAGGGACCACUAUCUCCUACACUCGAGACGGAUCAUUACCUACCAACCAAACUUAAGGGAAAAUUGCUCCGACUCCGCAAAGAAACCGCAGCCGAUAUCUCGUACACAGAGAUUGUCCGAAACUUCGACACUAUCAUCCGACCGUUAUUCAACCCCGAAGAACUAGUCGACCAAACCCUCGUCAGACUUCCCGAGGGUCUCCUCUCCAGCUGCAACGAGCAACUCCGGACCGCUGAACGAAACGGCGCACGUCCAAAGAAACGUCAUGGCAGCUACCUCUGUCUACAUGAGGUAUUCGGUCUACUGAUCACCGACAUGACAACGGCUGGUGACCCCGGUGCCAGCCUAGCCGAGCUGAAACCCAAAUGGCUCACCCAGUCACCAUCAGCGCCUGCGACAGCACACAGGUGUCGGACCUGUGCGCUGAGGGAGAUGAAAAACCGCGAGUCGCACCUCCUAGGCCUGAAAGAGCAGCGGUCCUUCUGUCCGCUGGAUCUGGUGUCGGAGCAGUAUGAAAACGUGCUACGGGCAACGGGGUUGAUCAAGGGCUGUAAGGAUCGAUCGCGACUGGCUCGCAUUUUGUAUCGGAACCCGACGCUGCAGAGGUUACAGUCUCUACAGAAGACUGAGAGGGAUGUUGGGCUGCAGGGUCCGGCGGCGCAGUCUCGGGAGAUGUCGCUUGCGAUGACGCUGCGGGACUGUACAAUGUUUAUUAAGGUGAGUUCAUGCUGCAAAUCAGGGUUUGUUAUUUCUGGUCAAGAUCAAGACCUGUCUGUGGGAAACAUCAUCCAGAGUCGAAUACUGACCUCUACAGAUCCCCCAUGA